CGUGGUGCCGCGCGGCGUCCCGGGGAUCCCUUGGUGCCCGCGGCGGACAGAGCGGCCGGGCCGGGCCGGGCCGGGCGGACACGAUGUCGCGACAGGGCGGGCGCGGCACCGAGAGCAAGAAAAUGUAUUGGUAUUUGCCAUUCAUUUCACCUUCUGCCUCUCUGCAGCUCAUGAACUCGGAGCUGUUCACGCUGACCUACGGUGCCCUGGUGACCCAGCUCUGCAAGGACUACGAGAAUGAUGAUGAUGUCAACAAGCAGCUGGACAAAAUGGGUUACAACAUCGGUGUCCGGCUCAUCGAGGACUUCCUGGCCCGCUCCAAUGUUGGGAGGUGCCACGAUUUCCGUGAAACUGCAGAUGUUAUAGCAAAGAUUGCAUUUAAAAUGUACCUGGGCAUCACUCCGAGCAUCACCAACUGGAGUCCUGGGGGCGACGAGUUCUCCCUGAUCUUGGAAAACAACCCCUUGGUGGACUUUGUGGAGCUCCCUGACAACCACUCAACCCUCAUCUACUCCAACCUGCUCUGUGGGGUGCUGCGAGGUGCCCUGGAGAUGGUGCAGAUGGCUGUCGAUGUGAAGUUUGUCCAGGACACCCUGAAGGGCGACAGCGUCACAGAAAUAAGGAUGAAAUUCAUCAGGAGGAUUGAAGACAACCUUCCAGCUGGGGAAGAGUGAACCACAGCCCCAUCUCCCUGGGGACUGGAGGGACCAGCUGGGUUUGGCCAUUAGCUGUCCUCACAGAUCCACAGGGAUCUCCUGCCCCUGCACACUCAGACUGACUCACUGACUGUCUCAGAUGUUCUUUUCUUCUACUCUCACUUCCAUCCUCUGUAGAAGAUGAUUGUCUGGUUGCUGUUUAUUUCCCAGGUUCAUUCUGAAGCUUUUUCAUCAGGUGAUGUCCUUUUCCCUCCCCCUGGGGGCUUCCCAAGCUCAGUUUCCAGUUGUGACCCGGGCUGUGUGACAACAACUGCUCAGACUCCAGGAGAGCUCCGGUCUCUUCACAUCGGUGUCGGAGGGCCAGAAUUGGAGACCAAGCUACAAGAGCCCACUGAUUCCCUGCUAAACCCUGUCCUUCCUUAAAUGAGGUGUUCAAAAUCCA